AUGCGUUACCGCUGCGUUACGGCAAGGCCGGCGCUACAGAAGCUGAAGCAGCAACCCCACCACCUGCUCCUCGUUGCUCCCUUCAGCGUAUCUCCUUCCGCCGCGUUGAAGAAGCAUGAGAUGCCACCCCGGCCCAAGCCUCCCCCGGACUCCGAAAUCGAAGAGUCAUACCUAAAGGGUAGCGGGCCGGGUGGUCAAAAGAUUAACAAGACGAGCUCGGCUGUGCAGCUUAAACAUAUUCCCACGGGUGUCGUCGUCAAGUCCCAGGCCACCCGCUCCCGAACCCAGAACCGCAAGAUUGCCCGCGAAAUCCUAGCGCAGAAGCUUGACGACCUGCAGAACGGCGACCAGAGUCGGUCAGCCAUAGUUGGCGAGGUGAAGCGCAAAAAGGCGGCGAGUGCGUCAAAGAAGAGCAGGAGAAAGUACCGCCAGUUGGAUGAGGAAAAGGCCCAGAGCGAAACAGCCGAGGCAGAGGUCAAAGAGCAACAUGCUGAGGACCAGACGAACAGCGCACCGAGCGCGCAUGCCGAACCGGCAACUUCAACAGACGCCAGUCCACAUGUACAAAACCUAAAACCAUAA